UUAGUACAAAUCAAGAUGGCGGACGAAGCUAAUGUCAGAGUUCACCGGAAGCCAUGCCGUUCGUGUGGAAGGCAGUUUGUGCCAGAAUCCUUGGCCAAACAUGAAUCUAUUUGUAUGAAGCAAGCAGCAAAGAAGAGGAAGGUUUUUGAUUCUACCAAACAGAGAGCCGAGGGAUCUGAUGUUAGCUACAGACAGAUGAAACAAGCACAGAAAAAGGAGGUUAAACCGCCCAAGAGUAACUGGAGGGCACAGCAUCAGGACUUCAUCUCUACGAUCCGAUCUGCCAAACAAGUUACAAUAGCGAUGGAGCGUGGAGAGCCCCUGCCACCCCCACCUCCACCUUCCAUCAACCCAGAUUAUGUUCAAUGUCCCCAUUGUGGUCGGCGGUUCAACGAAAAGGCUGCAUCACGCCAUAUUGGAUUCUGUAAAGAACAGCAAAAGAGGAUUGGAUCGAAACCACAGCCCAAUGCCAAUGCUAAGGCAAAGAUGGAUGCCAGAAAUUCGUUCCAGGCACCGCGACCAAAGGGUCGAGGAGUUUCCGGAGGGAUGACAUCAUCACCAACAGGAUACAGCAGUCCCGGCUCCAGGGGUACCCCUGCAUCCACUAGAGGGGCACCAGGAACAAAAGCAUCCCCCACAACAGGAAGUGGAAGGACACCUGUUGGUACUACUGGAAGUGGGUAUGGGAGACAACCAGCACCAGCCUCCAGGGGGCGUCCUUCACCGUCAACAAAUCAGUAUCAGGCUAGUGACUACAGCGACUCUCCUCCGAUGGGUUUAGAGGGUAGUGCCGUGGGUGUCCCCACAGGCCGAGCUUUACGGACGGGGCGUAAUUCUACCGUUUACAACGACGCCAAGCGGGGAUCUAGACCAGGCAGCUCAGGAAUGCUUAAGUCUAAGUCUUCCUCGAGUAUCAGAGUCGCGGGGGGCGGUUCUAGAUCGCCAGGCAUCGGAAUGCACAGUCCAUCUAUGCCUUCCGGCUUCACAGGUGGAAUUUCACGGGAAAAUGAGUCCGGAUAUUACAGUAGCAGUUCAGAAAAUGAGGUUCAUAGUCAGUAUGGAGUAAAACAAAAUGUGUCUCGAUUCUGCCAUGAAUGCGGAACCAAGUAUCCUGUUAGUCAUGCCAAGUUCUGUUGUGAGUGUGGUAUCAAACGAUUUGUCAUAUCCUGAUAAAACAUGCCAAUGUUACUGUUUUAGGUAUUUAAUUUACCUCAUACAGCAUUGUUGUUGUUACUGACUUUUCAUGUUGAUGUUUUUUCUUAGACUACUUAUCUAUUUCAUUCAAUGAAAUCUGAUAAAUUAAAAGUACAGUAUAUAUCACUGCAAUUGGCGAUAUAUCGUAAAUGUGCUAAAAUUUACUGUAUUUACGUAUCCUCAAAUAGUACCCUGUGUACAAAUAAGUCCCAUCUUCAUUUAUGCAGAUGCAGUCAAUGAUUUUUAAAUCAUAGUUAUCUAAAAUUGGUUCAAAAUUACACAAAUAAGCACUCCCCAAACUUAAUACUUCUAUUUUUUUUUUUUUUUUUUUGGGGG